AUGCCUGUUUUUAUGCUGGUGUCACCCAUGUCUUCGGCACCUUCACUCGAGAAUCCGCCAGAAUCAGUGGCUGCAACGCCUCUCAGGAUUGAUUCAAUAUCUGGGCCUCACCAUGCGAAUCAGGAUCAAGAAGCAGAGCCCGACUCGGAGAAAAACAGGACAUACUAUACCGCUCACGGCCGGUUUGCCGGCCAGGUCGUCGCUGCCAUAGACGAAAGGGCAGGCCUCAUCCCAGCCACCUGUAACCAGGUCCCACUGGUAGAUGCACCGCUAUUUGGUGAUCUCAACCUACCUUCUCAAUCUUGUGUCUUGUCUUCGUCGAUCGAAUUGCCUCCCCGGGUAUAUGCCGACCAAUUGAUUGACAUAUACUGGCAACACGUUGACCCUAUGGAGCCAGUUUUAGAUCAUCAGCGUUUCCUUGAAAACUAUGAAAAAGCAUAUUCAACACCCAUAACACCACUCUGUGCAGACUACGACCUCUGGCUUGGUAUUCUCAAUGUAGUGUUUGCCCUGGCAGUUCAAAGACAAGAACACAAUCCGCUGCACCAAAGAAACGAGGAAGCAAAUCGAUUUUUUCUGCGCGCAUGGGCCCUACUUCCAGCUGAGUCUAUGCUAUGGAAACCUGGGUCACUCGAGCUCGUACAGUGCCUGAUGCUGAUAAAUCGAUACCUGCACUGCACCAAUAAUCAGCAGAAGACAUGGAUGACAGCGGGUCUGGCGAUGCGGAUUGCGCAAAGCAUGUGCUGCCAUCUCACUGAGACGCCCUGGUUGAAAGGCUCCAGUGACGACAAAGCUUUGAAACAGAAAGUAUGGGCUAGCUGUGUUGCGCUCGAUCGAUGCAUCUCCUGGUCAUUGGGUAAGACAUCGUCAUUGGUACUAAUUGCGUCCCCACCACCCAAUAGCUCGCAACAACUAGGUAAGAAGGCGAUGCAUGAUACCUUGGGAUUAAGACUUUACGAAAUCGGGAAUCAAAUUCAACUGGCGCAGAUCCAGACCCGAACUAGUCUCACAGCCAGAUUUCGCCCUCCACUCCUAUCUCAACAAGACGAGUACCAUAACGCGGCAUUGCAACUAGAUGCAUGUCUUCAAGAUUGGGAAAAUAGUCUCCCCGGCGAUUGGCAACAUCAGAACCUCAGAAUGGUGGUCGACAGGUCGUCCCGAGCCGAGAGAUACUUGCUUCAUCUUCGCUACCUCCACCACAGAGUAUUUCUCUACAGACCCAUGCUCGCCCGAUUCUACUCGAUGAAACCAGACACGCACCCUUCACACAAAUCACCCAGCCUAAGCCACCGACUCCUCCGUGAAAGCGCCAGCAUGUGCAUCGAAGCCGCGCAACAGAUGGCUUCAUUCGUUAACGAGACGCUUGAGCCAGAUGAGCCGAUCGGACUCCUCCCGUGGUGGUACAGAAUAUACUACCUUCAUAUUGCGGGUGCCAACUUCCUCGCAGCUAUGUUUCGAUCGGAGCUAUUCACAGAUUCUGUUUCCCAGUCUUGGACAAGUGUUCUGCUGGCGCUCCGCGCUCAUGAACACCUGAGCCCUUAUGUCCAGCAGUGCCUGCGGACGUUUGAGACCCUUGCAGCCAGGAUCAGGGGCAAGGCUUACCCCAGUAUGGAUGGCGGUGGGUGUGGUUUGAUGGUUGAUGGGUCUUCGGAAGUUUCAUUCGACGAUAUUUUCAAGGAUGUCAAUUUUGACUUCGACAAUUUCAUAUUUGGGCCUGAGGACUGUGGAGAAGGGUUGGUUUAG